AUGGCAAACGACAGGAUCUCGCGCAGUAAAUACGAGUCUCUUGGAGGGCGGCCAUCCACACCCAAGUUCAGCUCUCAUGAUGGGAUAGACAUGGGCACUUAUCCUUCAGGUAAUGAGAGAGGGGGAGAGAAGUUGCCUGAGAACUAUUUACCAUCAGAAGUUACAAACACUCGUCCACAUCAUGUUUUCCGAUUUUGGCCGUGGGAGAUUGGAUCGAUAUUUGUUGCAAUCGGUUCGAUAGCGGCUACUUACUCGAUCUUAUCCCACUUCGACGGACAUCAGGUACCAGAGUGGCCAUUUAGUAUUAAUCUGAACACUCUGAUCGCUUUGAUCUCUACCGUUAUGCGAGCAGCAAUGCUUGUAGGCGUCGCCGAAGUCAUCAGCCAGACAAAAUGGACCUGGUUCUCUCGACCACGACCGCUAAGCCACCUACAGUAUUUCGACGACGCAAGCCGUUCUAUAUUCGGUUCCCUAAGCCUACUAUUUAUCGCACCCGGAAGCACGCUAGGCAUAGUCGGCGCUCUUAUUACCAUCCUAUCUCUCGGGAUAGGUCCGUUCACGCAGCAAACCGUCAAGUCUGUCGCAUGUAUUCGAACACAUACCGAAUUAAAUGCGUCAUUACCCGUAGCCCAAUACCUUCCCGGGAACGAAACUUAUUAUAGAACCUCGCCUGGACGUUGGGAAUUGUCAAUCGACACAAAGGGAGCGCUAGUUAAUGGAGUCGUCAACCCAAUGGGCAAUGAUACCGCUAUUGCACCGACCUGCCCUACUGGAAAUGCACCUUCACAAGCUACAACGGUAUUACGCACGCUUCUAUAG